AGAUGAGUGCGCAGUAUGGGGACCGCUGGUCGGGACCCAGUGAGCGCGGGACUACAAUUCCCAACGGAUCGUAGCACGCUGCGCCCCGCUAACAGGUAGUCGGUGGUUCGCUCCGUGCUCCGGCGGGCGCGCACACGCGGCGGGCGGUGGCGGGAUUCCGCCGCGUGCGCUUUCCCGCCUCGCCUCGCUUCGCCUUGCCCAGUGCUAGCCACGCCUCGGGCUGGCCGUUGGGCGUCGCCUAUCGCCCCGUGCUCGCUUCGUCGCGGCUCCUCGCGCCCCACCUUCUCGCUAGUUUCUUCUAGAGCCCAGGCUCCGCCUGUUUCCCGCUUCCAGAGCCCGGUUUGUUCCCGCCCCCACCCGUCCCUCUCCUCUGCGCCCCUACUGCUUCUGCUUUGAAGGCGGAGGCUCCAUGUUGUCCCCUCAGCGAGUGGCAGCAGCUGCCUCGAGAGGAGCAGGUGAUGCCAUGGAGAGCAGCAAGCCUGAACCAGUGCAGGUUGUUUUGGUUCAGAAAGAACAACAUUCCUUUGAGCUAGAUGAGAAAGCCUUGGCCAGCAUCCUCUUGCAGGACCACAUCCGAGAUCUUGAUGUGGUGGUGGUUUCAGUGGCUGGUGCCUUCCGAAAGGGCAAGUCUUUCAUUCUGGAUUUUAUGCUACGAUACUUAUAUUCUCAGAAGGAAAGUGGCCGUUCAAAUUGGUUGGGUGACCCAGAAGAACCGUUAACAGGAUUUUCAUGGAGAGGGGGUUCUGAUCCAGAAACCACUGGGAUUCAGAUCUGGAGUGAAGUUUUCACUGUGGUGAAGCCAGGUGGGAAGAAGGUUGCCGUUGUUCUGAUGGAUACCCAGGGGGCAUUUGACAGCCAGUCAACUGUGAAAGACUGUGCUACCAUCUUUGCUCUAAGCACUAUGACUAGUUCUGUUCAGAUUUAUAAUUUAUCCCAGAACAUUCAGGAAGAUGAUCUUCAACAGCUACAGCUCUUCACAGAAUAUGGUCGUCUGGCAAUGGAUGAAAUUUUCCAAAAGCCUUUCCAGACACUGAUGUUUUUGGUUAGAGAUUGGAGUUUCCCUUAUGAAUACAGCUAUGGACUACAAGGAGGAAUGGCAUUUUUGAAUAAGCGUUUACAGGUGAAGGAACAUCAACAUGAAGAAAUUCAGAAUGUUCGAAAUCACAUUCACUCAUGUUUCUCUGAUGUCACCUGCUUUCUCUUACCACAUCCAGGACUCCAAGUGGCCACAAGCCCUGACUUUGAUGGGAAAUUAAAAGAUAUUGCUGGUGAAUUCAAAGAGCAGUUACAGGUACUGAUACCAUAUGUAUUAAACCCAUCUAAGUUAAUGGAAAAGGAGAUCAAUGGCUCAAAGGUCACCUGUCGGGGACUAUUGGAGUAUUUUAAGGCAUAUAUUAAAAUUUAUCAAGGAGAAGAUCUGCCUCACCCCAAGUCCAUGCUUCAGGCCACUGCUGAAGCCAACAACCUAGCAGCUGCAGCCUCUGCCAAGGACAUUUAUUAUAACAACAUGGAAGAGGUUUGUGGGGGAGAGAAACCUUAUUUAUCUCCCGACAUUCUAGAGGAGAAGCACUGUGAAUUCAAACAACUUGCUCUGGACCAUUUUAAGAAGACCAAGAAGAUGGGUGGGAAGGAUUUCAGCUUUCGUUACCAGCAGGAGCUGGAGGAGGAAAUCAAGGAAUUAUAUGAGAACUUCUGCAAGCACAAUGGUAGCAAGAACGUCUUCAGCACCUUCCGAACCCCUGCAGUGCUGUUCACAGGCAUUGUGGCUUUGUACAUAGCCUCAGGCCUCACUGGCUUCAUAGGUCUUGGGGUUGUAGCCCAGUUGUUCAACUGUAUGGUUGGACUACUGUUAAUAGCGCUCCUCACCUGGGGCUACAUUAGGUAUUCUGGUCAAUAUCGUGAGCUGGGCGGAGCUAUUGAUUUUGGUGCUGCGUAUGUGUUGGAGCAGGCGUCUUCUCAUAUCGGUAGUUCCACUCAGGCUGCCGUGAGGGAUGCAGUUGUCGGAAGACCUCCUGUGGAUAAAAAGUCUCAAUAGCACCGUAACAUGAAUUCAAACAAGGCCACAACCAGCCCCUUCUGACUUCUGGGUUUCUGCCACGGCCACAGGUUCAUAUCCAGAGGAAUGGCAAAUCUGAGACCAUCCAGGAAGAGCUAAAACAUGGCACUGUAAUAAAUGAGCAGACCUCUCCUGUGGUUCCAAAUUAUUAAAUGCACUUCCAUUUCUGUUGGAA